GGCCGCGGUCGCGGCCGCAAAGAAAAGGCGGCGGGACCCGAGCCGUAGCAGCUGCAGGGCACGGCCUCGCCAUGAGCGGCCACAACGCGUCCGAGUUCCAGGUCCUCUGUAGCCCCGGCCGGCUGUUCCUGCAGCCGCUGUGGGACAGCCUGCGGGCCCGGGAGGCGCUCCUGCAGUCGCCCUUCUUCCCGGCCGCCUUCUCCAUCUGCACCUACCUGGGCUGCUGCCUGCCCUUCGUGCUGCUGGACGUGCUGUGCCCCUGGGCGCCCGCGCUGCGGCGCUACAAGAUUCACCCGGACUUCGCGCCGUCGGCGCGGCAGCUGCUGCCCUGCCUGGCGCAGACCCUCUACCAGCACGCCGCGUUCGUCUUCCCCGUGACGCUGCUGCACUGGGCGCGCGGCCCGGCCCCCAUGCCCGCCGAAGCGCCCGAGCUGCUGGAGCUGGUGCGCCACGCCGCCUGCUGCCUGCUGCUCUUCGACGCCGAGUUCUUCGCGUGGCACGUGCUGCACCAUCGGGUGCCCUGGCUGUACCGCACGUUCCACAAGGUGCACCACCAGAACGCGGCGUCGUUCGCGCUGGCCACGCAGUACAUGAGCGUCUGGGAGCUCUUUUCGCUGGGCUUCUUCCACCUGCUGAACGUCACGCUGCUCCAGUGCCACCCGCUCACCGCGCUGCUCUUCCACGUGCUCAACAUCUGGCUGUCGGUGGAGGACCACUCGGGCUACGACUUCCCGUGGUCCACGCACCGACUCGUGCCCUUCGGCUGCUACGGCGGCGUGGAGCACCACGACCUGCACCACUCGCAGUUCAACUGCAACUUCGCCCCCUACUUCACGCACUGGGACAAGCUGCUGGGGACCUUCCGGCCGGCGCGUGCCAAGUGACGUGUGCCCCCUCCCCCCGCCCCCCGCGGGCGCGGUGGCUGGGUGCCCCUCGAACCCGGGACUGCUGAGCACUUCACACUUGAAUCAGGACAGACACACCUGAGCCUUUGUGUUGUUUUGGUUUUGUAAGUAAUUUAUUGCCUGAUAGAGAUUUGUGGGUUAAGUCUGAUGUAUUUUCACAGCCUGACAGAGUAAUUUAUAUCGUUUUUGUGUAUGGAGGACCGUACUCGGAGUCGAGUUCUAGCUCACUUCCGGAGCUUUGAUUCCUGGAUAUGUUAGGCACUCGUCACAGACAUAUUUAAAUCAUCUCUAAAACGAUUUGUUUGUAGGGCAAGGACUUUCAUAUUUCUGAAAGUGUCAUAGAAAUAGGCUACAAGAAGAUAUUUUUAUGGAGACUAUGAGCAAUGAAGCAUAUCCCUGCUGGACAGUGAUCACAAGUAUUGUACUUUCCCCCUAUUUUUUCAUAUAACUGUAUAUUUAUGUACAAUGAAAUGUUAUU